AUGCUGCAGCAAAGGAGCAGCAAAAGGGACAAAAAGCGACAAAAGGGAAGCAGCAGGGCCCCCAGGUCUCCACAGCGAGAAGCAGCAGCGCAGCAGCGCAGCAGCAGCAACUGGCCACCCGCUGAGGCGCAGCAGCGCGCCCAGAGCCCCACAGCAGCAGCUGCUGCAGCACGGAGCUCUAUAAAGCUGGCUGGCCGCCCCUACGCGUCAAAUUUGGCUGGGCGGGCCCCAGACAGCAGCAGCAGCAGCAGCAGCAGCAGGCAGCAGUGGGCAGCAGCAGCCGAAGCGGGACUUCUGCUGCUGCUGCGGGCUGCGCCUGCUGCUGGUGCAGCUGCCGCGGAGGCUGCCGCGGCGGCUGCGGCCGACCUUCGGCGCAUUCGAACGAGCCCAGCAGCAGCUGUACGUACACCGCAGACUAAAGGCAGCAGCAAAAGUUCAACGCGCAAAAAACUUAAAGAGCGCCUCAUUGACCUGCAGAGGCCUUCUUUUAUCUUUCGCAAGAAAGGAAGGCAGCAGCAGCAGCAGCAGCGCCGGUCUCCACUGGAUGCUGUUGCUGCUGCUGCAGCUGCUGGAGCUGCGGCUGCAGUUGCUUUUGCUGCUGGUACUGCUGCUGCUGGUGAGCAUGCUGUCGCUGCUGCAGCAGCUGCUGGAGCUGCGGCUGCUGCUGCUGCUGCUGCUACUGCUGCUGCUGUUGCAGCUGCCUCAGUGGCUGCUGGGGCCCUGCCUCCCUUUGGGCUGCACUGUGGCCUGGAGAUACACCAGAGGCCCCCUUGGGGUGCUGCAGCUGGCAGCAAAAGAGUGCAGCAAAAGCUGCCAAUUAAGUUUACAAAAAGCCAGCAGCAGCAGCCCGCAGCAGCAGCAGCAGCUGCUGCUGCUGCUGCCUGCAGCGGCACGUCGCUGGCUGCAGAGGAGCAGCAGCAGCGCGUGCAUGCAAAAGGCCCCAAAACUGCAGCUGGGGGGCCCCACGCGCAGCAGCAGCUGCAGCAGGGGGGGGCCCCACUUGCAGCAGCAGCUGCAGCAGGGGGGCCCCACGCGCAGCAGCAGCUGCAGCAGGGGGGCCCCACGCGCAGCAGCAGCUGCAGCUGGGGGGCCCCAUAA